AUGCCCACGCUUUCGACCACAUCGUCGUCAACCUCCACUGACCCCCGUCACCCAAUGUGUCGCGCGAUUCUCGCGCCUUCACCGACCAACCCUACCUUUACCGUGAACCACUCUCCACCGCAAGCCAAUCGGGCAAGAGUCUCGACCACGCCCCAGGAGUCUCUCCUCUUGCGGUCCUGGGUGGCAUUACGAGUCAAGAGCUGGAUUUAUGAACUGCAACUGGAUUAA